AUGAGCUCUCUCCGUAAGUUGGUCCCCUUUGGCAACCGCGUGCUGGUCAAGCGCUUCGAGGCCGUGGCUAAGACUGCCAGCGGCAUCUACCUGCCGGACGCCGAGAGCAAGCAGCAGAACGAGGGCGAGGUCGUGGCUGUUGGCCCUGGAGCCCGUGCCCCCGAUGGAACGCUCAUCCCUGCCCAGAGCGCUGUGGGCGACAAGGUGCUGCUGCCCGAGUACGGUGGCAGCUCCGUGAAGCUUGGCGACAAGGAGCUCUUUCUGUUCCGCGACGAGGACAUCCUCGGCAAGCUCGAGUAG